GUUACACACUGACUGAGCCUUCGUCCACUCAUGUCUGCUCUCUUCUGACUGUCUUCAGAACCCAACUAAUCUGACAGAAUGCUUUUCGUUGCAUUUCUUGCACUCCUGGCAGUUUGUGCUGCAUCUGAGGUCGGGCCUCAAUACUCAUUCUCCCCACCGGUGGGGUCAGGAAGUGGCAGCCCAUACACCGUCACUGGAGAGGGAAGGAUCACUGCCAUAAGAGUAUGGGAAAACUACAAUAGCUACAUCCGAGGCAUCCAGUUCCGAUACGGCUUUGUCUGGUCUCCCGUUGGUGGUUACAUUUAUGGAACUGCCAAAGAAAUAGAGUUGUAUGAAGGUGAAGCCAUCGUGCAGGUGUCUGGGAAGUGCGGUCACUAUCUGGAUUCUGUGGUCUUCACCACCAACCAGGGCCGCUCCCUGUACGCGGGCCAGCCUUAUGGUCACUCCUUCAACAUGUACCCUGAACACAGAGGGGCAGAACUGGUCUUCAUCAGCGGUCGGGUGCAUGGAGCCAUCACCUCCAUUGGGACUCACUGGGCUGUUCUUAAUCCAUCCUUCAACAGCACAGCUGGACACUAAAGAGCAGGGAUCUGGCUUUAAAUGAGAAAGCCACUUUACUAUAUAUUCACAAAAUGAUCAUUUACAUUGUUUGGAGGCAUUUUCAUGAGUAGCUGAAAUGAUAAACAAUGAGUUGUGUUGAGUUGUGUUGACUGCAUUGUCCCUGUCAAUUAAAUAAAUAAAUACAACUACAAUGAGUUCUGUUGGUCUCUUAAAAAUCAUUGCACUAUUAACUUGAACAAUUUAAAUUAACGUUUCCUGAUAACUUAAUUAAUGCAAUUACAUUUAAUUUGCUUGUAUCUAUUUCUAUUAUUUGUAAUCCUGGUUCUCUUGUUUAUUUAUCAGUUGUUUUUUGU